AUGUUGAAAAAUGAUCAAUCAAUAGUAUUAAGUCGUGAAACAAGUUUAACAACACCUUCAUCUGUAUCAGAUAAUUCAUUAAUGAAAUCUUCAUCAUCGAUAAAUAGUAUCGAUGAAGAAACAAAAUUAAAUCCCAUUGAAUCAGAAUUAAAAGCUACAAUGGCAAGAACUAAAGAAGUUGAAGCAAUCAAUGAUCAACCAUCUGGUUUAACAUCAAUGAAUGUUUCACAAACAGAUCAUUUUAAUUAUUCAACAAGAAGUAAUGUUGCUAAACAGCAACAACAACAGCAAUCAAUAACAAUAAAUAACUUUAAUAGUUCAACUAAUAUGACAUAUAAUUAUGGACAAACAUCAUAUCCAUAUCCUUAUCCAACUGCACCAACAAUGGAUAUGCAACCAUAUUAUUAUCCAUCUCUGAUGUCAAUGAAUUAUAUGCCCUACUAUCCAACAUCAUCAUCUCCUAUGUAUGCAUCAGGACAACAAAUGUGUUAUCAACCGAAUGAUACAAAUCCAAUACCGUAUACUGGUAAUUCAACACCACCCUAUGGUUAUUCAACAUCUCAUUCAUCGUCAAAUCGACGACAUUAG